AUGGAUUUUUCUGAUAAAUCACUAAAAUCUGAUGGUCGUGAGGAAUGUCACGUGUGUGGUGAAAGUGUUCUAAGGAAAGAUUUAGAAUGGCACAUAUUAUGCCACAUUGCUCCUCAAAUAUUUGAAUGUGAUGACUGUGGUGAACGUUUCAAUUCAUAUAAAGCUUUACGUAGUCACCAAGAAAUUCACACCAAGCCUUAUGCCUGUGCAUAUUGUGAUAUGACCUUUGGUCAUCGUAGUAACUUGCGGAGGCAUAUAUUUGUUCACACUAAAGAUAAACGUCAUGCUUGCGAUGUCUGUGGCAAACGUUUUCCGGUGAAAGGAGAUCUUAGAAGACAUUACCGCACUCACACUAAAGAAAAGCCUUAUACUUGCGAAAUUUGUGAAAGGAAUUUUAGCCAGCGGGCUAAUUUGAAGAAACAUCAACAAAUACACAUGGAAAAAUCUAAACCAUGUGAAAGUGAAAAAGAUACUAAGGAAGAUUUGAGUCGAUUCAUUUGUCUUCUAUGUUUCAAGUGCUUUGCAGAGAAGCGAAACCUUGAUAGGCAUCAGAUUACGCAUACUAAAGAAAGGCCUCAUGUUUGCGAAAUUUGUAAUCGAGGUUUUGGGUUAAAACAUCAGUUAAAAGCUCACAGUUUGAUCCAUACUCAAUUAAAGCCUUUUAAAUGUGAAAAAUGUGGUAAAAGUUUCCUUGAUAAAUCUCGCCUGAGUCAACAUUUAGUUACACAUAGUAAAGUGAGGCCUCAUCGUUGCGAUAUAUGUGACAAAGGUUUCUAUUUUAAAGGUGAACUUAAUCGUCAUUACUUGACUCACACGAAUCAAAGGCCACAUAUUUGUGACAUUUGCCACAAAAGCUUUACACAAAGUGGUCACCUUAACCGACAUUAUCGCUGGCAUGCAGGUCUGAAAGCUAAAUCUUUUCCGUUAAAUGUAGUUUGUACUGAUGUUGUGAAAAUUGAGCCUGUUGAAGAUAUUGAAGUAUAA